CUUGCCUGCUGCGGGCACCGGCGGGCGGCGUGGCGGUUGUGGCCGCGAUGCUGAAGGGCUGCGCGCCCCCUCAGACGCGGCAGCAGGCUCAAGCCCUGGGGAGCAGCCACCCCGCCUGCUGAAGACUGAAACUUUGCGUCCCCGCCGCUCCCUCUCCUCCCUCUUCCUCUCGCCCUUCUCCAUGCGCUGAGCGGCCGCGGGGCGCCCGCUCGGCCCCAUGGACGCCUUCAGCGCUGCCAAGGCCAAGAUGGGGGCGAAGAGCGGCGGCGAGGCGGCGGCGGCGGGAGUGGCCGCACCUCAGCCCGCCGUGCCAGCCCCCAGCCCCGCCGGUCCCGGCUCGCCCGCUGCGCUCGAGCCCGCUGCCUACAAGCUGGAGGACCUGGAGACCCUGGCCACCGUGGGCACGGGUACCUUUGGACGUGUUCAUCUGGUGAAGGAAAAAAUGGCCAAGCGUUACUUUGCACUGAAAGUAAUGAGCAUUCCUGAUGUCAUUCGACUGAAGCAAGAGCAACAUGUGCACAAUGAAAAAUCUGUCUUGAAAGAAGUCAACCACCCUUUUUUGAUCAGAUUAUUUUGGACCAACCACGAUGAACGUUUUUUAUAUAUGUUAAUGGAAUAUGUGCCAGGAGGAGAACUUUUUAGUUACCUGCGCAACAUGGGGCGUUUCAACAACAGCACAGGACUGUUUUACUCGACAGAAAUUAUUUGUGCAAUAGAAUACCUGCACUCCAAAGAAAUAGUUUACAGAGACUUAAAACCUGAAAAUAUAUUACUAGACAAAGAAGGACAUAUCAAGCUUACUGACUUUGGAUUUGCAAAAAAACUGGUGGACAGAACAUGGACUCUCUGUGGCACUCCUGAGUACCUUGCACCAGAAGUUAUACAAAGUAAAGGCCAUGGAAGAGCUGUGGAUUGGUGGGCCCUAGGAAUUCUUAUAUUUGAGAUGUUGUCAGGGUUUCCUCCAUUUUUUGAUGAUAAUCCAUUUGGUAUAUAUCAGAAGAUUCUUGCUGGCAAAAUAGAUUUCCCAAGGCAUUUGGAUUUAUAUGUAAAAGACCUUAUUAAGAAGCUACUUGUGGUUGACAGAACAAGACGACUAGGAAAUAUGAAGAAUGGAGCAGAUGAUGUGAAGAGACAUCGAUGGUUCAGGUCUAUAGACUGGGAUGCUGUACCUCAAAGGAGAUUAAAGCCUCCCAUAGUGCCCAAAGUAUCCAAUGAUGGAGAUACUUCCAAUUUUGAAGCUUAUCCUGAAGAUGACUGGAACAAGACACCUCCGGUACCUCCUAAAGAUCUAGAAAUUUUCAAGAACUUCUGAGCAUAACAUCUACACUGGACAAGAAACUGGAAGGAAAUUGAAGUGCUGAGACCAAGUCUGAAGAGCGAUGGAGUUCAGAUAUAAAGGAAAAUUUUCUUUGUGGCUAAGAAUGAUACUGCAUUCAGAUAUGUGUAUUAGUAUAUAAUGUCGAAAAAGAUGGAGGCAGGAAUAAUUUUUUGCUGUAAACAUUUGACUUUAGUUUAGGAAAUUGUAAUAAUGAUAGUCUGCUCUGAAGUAGACUAACUAAAAUGAUAUUUUUAGGAUUAUGUUUUCUAACUUAUGGUUGAAUUAAGUUUCCUGCUAUUCCCAGAUCCUUUUUGCAUAGUUAACUCAUAGACUUAAUUUUAUAAGUUUAUACUAAACUUGUGUAAUUAAAAGCACAAAUUAGUAUAUAUGUAUAUAAUGAAUACAGUACAACUAAAGCACGGGAAUUGUGCAAAGAUGUAAAUUUUUGUACUUUGCAGAGUCUAUGAUUUUUAUUUUUCAAAUAAUGUUUUUCAAGAAGUUCUUUAGGAAAUAAAAGUCUUAAAAAAGGAUAAAUGAGUUUUUCAUCAUCUUAUAUACAUUUUAUAAUUCUUUGUAAAAAACAAAAAUAAUUAAGUUUUAAAAAGAUUUGUACCUAAAAUUUCCAAUGCCUCACACUUAUAACCAUAGUACUUGAAAGCAGAAAAACAAUGGCAUGUUUUAUUGUUGUUUAAGAUGCAUCUUAAUGCCUAAUUUAUAAAAUUCUGUUACAAUUAUGUCUCUGAAAACCAGAAUUUUGAGUGAUUAUACACUGUAUGAAAUGAGAGUCCUCACAUGAAAACUUGCUGUAAACAUGCAAGUCAGUCAGUCUUGAUAAAAGGGCUUUAACUGGCUCUGACAGUUGUUCCCUCGCAAGCUUGUUGUCUUCUCCAAAUGUAAAGCAUGAGCCAUAACAGACCUUUUUCAUUCGUGAAAUUGUUGUUGAAUGCUGAACACUUCAGAAUAUCAGAGGGAAGACUGAAUAUAUAGUGCAGCCUUAUUUUUUCUGCUCCUUCUUUUUUGAAAAUGUCCUAGUCCCUGCUGCCAGCAAUUUCAUAUGUAUGGAGUUCAAACCUUAGAUGCACAGUCUCUUUUUUUCAUCUUGUGCUGACAUCUUUCUAGCAGCUUGAGCACACUGUGUUUUGGAAGUAUUUGCAAUAUUGCUUCAUUUUAAGUAGCACUAAAUAUCAGUAUGUGCACAUGUAUGUAUCUAUAUAUAUGAAUGAACAGAACCAUGAAGGUAGAUUGAAUACUAGGCAGAAUCUCUUUUUCAGGGUUUUUUUUUUCAUGUUACAUAUUGUGAUACUUUUGUUAAUGCAAGGGAGUUGAUUUUGAAGUGCUUCAAUUACAAAAAGCAAUUGCAUUCUUUAAGAUGUGGAUUUAGGUAACUUCUAGUGAGAUUAUCAUAUUUAGACCAAAUUUAUUUUUUUCUCAGAGCACAACUGCUUUCUGGACUUCUACUACUAUGAUUUAUGGCUCUACAUAAUACUGUUUAAUUAGAUCAUACAGACAGUUUUUCCCAAAAACUACUCUCCACAUUUUUGAUCUGAAAGCAGUAAGAAGUAUAGGCUGAAGAUUUGUUUUUCUAAACUGAAUCCUGAAUGCCUACAAAGUAGGCAUUCUAGUAAUUGCUACUGAAAUUACCAAAUUUAUGGUUUUAUGGCAGAUUUGUUACUGGAGUCUCUUCAUGGAAAAGUGAUCUCAGUUUUUUGGUUUUUUUUGCUUAAACAAUACAGAAGUACUAUUGAGAACCUGUAACUUCUAGGGUUGAUUUUUUUCUUCAUAAAGCAAGUGUUAGAUUGUAUAACUCCUUGCAAAAAUGCACAAUGUGUAACAAAAUAAGGAUAUUUCAGAAUUAUAAUUCUGGAAUAUCACAAAGCUGCCUUGACAUUAUGCAAGCAGAACAAUCCAUAGGAAAUUACAUUUUCAACAUGAAAUGCAGCUUUUUUUUGUAAGGGGGAGAGAAAACAGUUUAGGAGUUUUCUUAAUAUAGGAGCUUAUGGUAUUGUAUGGACUCUGAAUACUACAAUAUCAGUUUCUUAUUUGAAAAUUCACAUACUGAAACAAGAAAGUGUGCUAAAUAUAGGACUCUUCUUCAAAUUUCAAAGCUGCUCUGUGUUUAAAUGCUCAGAUCUGAAGAAAUGAAGUUGAAUUUGAGUAAUAUGCCGCAGUGGCGGUUAGAAGUUUUGAAUGCUUGAACAACAGGAGGUAGUGGAUUUUAUUUUUAUGAAUCUUAUCCAUUGCUGGCAGUGGAUGCACUGACACUCAUUGUGGUGGAGACUAAGGAAGUGAAUGCAAUGUUAUUAAUAAUGAUAAUCCAUUGACUUUAGAUUGUUUCCGAGCCAUGUGUACAUACACCGAACUACUGACCUCGUCAGCAUGCUUUCUAGUACAAAACCGCUUUCAAUUUUUUAAAAUUAAAAUACUGAACUAAAAAAUAAAACCAAAUCACUUUUGAAGCAUUAUUUUAAGUGAUCAGUUAUUUUCUCCACAGUCCUGGACUUAAUGAGGUGUUGUUACCUGGCUGUUUUAUUUAUUUGUACAAGUGAGUCUGCUUUAAGUCUUAACUGGGACUUCAUGGCCCACUAAUGUAGUUCUGAGUGCUCAUGCAGGUAAACACUGCACUAAGAAUUCUGGAUUUAUGGAUUUUUUUUGAGAAGACUAGAAGAUGUUUUUUUAGUUUCUAUUCAAGUAGAGUGUUCUGUGAAGUUCAUUUUAUUUUGAUUCCUUCUGUUAAUGUGUGUUUUUACAUAUAGACUGUUGCAUAAGGACUGUUGUCUUGCAAGAGAGCCCAUAGGCCUUUGAUAUUCUAGGUCAGUGAACAAGAAUGUUAAACAUUAAAAAACAACCUUUAUUUUUGAGUUUUUUAUAUAUAUAUUUUGAAUUGCCCAAUCUGAGGUUUUAAGUGAUAAACAUGAAUUGUAAACUCAAUUGCCUUGUAACCAAAUGAUAUAAAUGCUUCAUGAUUUCAAUGAAGAACAUGCUGUAGAUUUUCCUGUAAAUGAGCUUGAUCAAUGAAUAUGUGUGCUACUGAGCUUUAAUAAUGUGAUCUUCCACUGUAGGCAGUCAUUGUUAUCAAUCAAAUAUAGGUACUAAACUAUGUUUAAAUGGAUAAACAGGGAUUUUACAGUUUUGAAAGCAAUGAAGAUAUGGCUGUUCCUCAGCCCAUCUGCUUGCCAUUCAGAAGAGUUGUGAUGCAGUGCUUCCUAUGCUAUAGAAUUAUUUUUCAGCUUUCAAUGACUGUAGCAUGAUUCCUUUUUGUACUGUACUGUGUACAGAAUUCCCAUGUUUUGCACUUUUCUAUGGCAAACCUUGACUGCUUUAUAAAUACUCUGUGUGUAGUAAGUAGUGAUAGUAGUAGCAGGCAUUUGUGUGCUGCGUAAUCAGUUUGGACUGCUCGACUUGCAAGGUUCACUUGGGCUAAUGUUGGGUGUUGCUGGUUGCUUCUUGUAGCUCACGUGUAAGUACUGUUCAAAGUUACAAAGUCAGCCCUCAUUGCACAAUGAAAAAUCACUGUGAUCUGUACAUAAACCCUAGUAAAACUUUAUUGCUGUUUAAUUUAAUGUAAUAUCUGUCAAAUCUGGAUUCAUUUAAUAAACCUUUAUAUCUUUUCAAA